AUGAAGCUCAUCACCGUGGCCCUGGUGUAUCUGCUAUUGGCUGGGAUGUGGACACGAGAUGUAGACAGCAGGAGCAUGCAUGUCUCAUCCUCCAACUGCUGCUACCAGUUUGCGGACAAAAGGAUUGCCCUGAAGACUAUCCAGUGUUAUAAAAACACCAGCUCCACCUGCCCCUACGAUGCCUUUAUAUUGAAGCUGAAGAAGGGCAGAGAGAGCUGUGUCUUGAAGACAGUCAGAUGGGUCCAGGAUAAUUUCAGUAAGAUGAAACCCUGCCUGCCAAAGACAGUAUGA